AGCUUUAGCAACUGACGUUGUAAACGAGCAUUUCCUUCAUUUUCAUAGAAAAGGGAAAUGAAAAUUGUUCUUUACCGAAGUUGCUUAUUUUAAUAUUGCUAUGAAUAUUUCUUCAUUUGUUUGAACUUUAUUUACUGAACAACACUCUUUAGAGGUUUUAAAAUCAAGUGUUUAAUAAAUAUAUACAAUGGAUGUCGAGGAGUGUUUAAAAGAAUGGGAAGACUUAGUGGCUGAUUACAAACGUUUAGAAACUUUAAACAAAGAUUAUGUAGCAAAAUUAGAAGAAGUGGGAGAAUUACAAGCAUCAUGUCUGAAAGAACUAAAUCACCAAAGAUACCGCAUGUCAAUAAUAAAUAGCGCCUUGAAAAGAAUGGAAAAGAAGGGUGCAACAAAAGACGAGCGCCUGGCGAACUUAGAAAAGGAAGUGAUGAAGAGGAAAGCGAUGCUACACGAAAUAGAGGCGACUCUCCCCAAACAAAACGGCCUCUACCUCAGGAUCAUACUCGGGAAUGUGAACGUAUCAAUACUUAACAAAAAUGACAAAUUUAAGUAUAAGGAUGAGUAUGAGAAAUUCAAAUUAAUCCUCAGCGCGAUCGCCUUUGUUCUUGCUGUUGCCAACUUGUUCAUAGACUUUAGGCCGCUCCAACUGAUAUUGAUAUUCCUCCUGGUGUGGUACUAUUGCACGCUGACGAUACGCGAGAGCAUCCUCAAGGUGAACGGCUCCAGGAUCAAGGGCUGGUGGCGCCUGCACCACUUCAUCUCCACCGUGGUGGCGGGGAUCCUGCUGGUGUGGCCCCAGAACGAGCCCUGGAACCUCUUCAGGCAUACCUUCAUGUGGUUUAUUGCUUAUAUCAGUGUGGUCCAAUACAUGCAGUUCAGAUACCAGAGCGGCGUGCUGUACCGGCUCAAAGCGCUGGGCGCGCGCCACAACAUGGACAUCACCAUCGAAGGCUUCCACUCGUGGAUGUGGCGCGGGCUCUCCUACCUGCUGCCCUUCCUGUUCGGCGGAUACGUGUUCCAGCUCUACAUCGCGUACACGCUCUACCAGAUCAGCGACCAUCCGGAAGCUACGUGGCAGGUGGCGGCGUUAAGUUUUUCGUUCCUGCUUAUCGGCAUCGGCAACACGGCGACGACCCUCAUAGUGAUACCGCAGAAGCUCAACGAACAGGUGUCAUACCUGGCGGUUUUGUUUCUUAUUUUGCACUGCUGCAACACUUACACGAUACUCCGAACGUUGCGCAAGAAAAUGCAGGGCGAACGGAAACUGAUCUACAAGUUGCGAGCGAUUGCGCACCGCCUCGCCGUCUUGGAUCAAAAAUGGAGGCAGAAUAAAGUUGAAGCAAAGACAUCGUAAGGAUGGUGUGUGGUGAUUGAGACUAUUUGAGACAAAAUUGUAUUAUUUUCUAUCUGAUUAAUCACUAUAGAACUUUAUAUUUUGGUAAAACAGUAUUUCGAUUAUCUAUUUUAUGUAAUGUAAUGUUAUAUAACGAUGUAAAUAUAGUUGGUUAAUUACAUUAAAAACAAUUACAACUUC